CCUUCACUCACUCACUCACCCCCCUUCCCCCAACAGUCCAACACACCCUCCUCACACGUUUUCUCUUCAGAGCUUUUUGGUUUUGCCCUCAAACAAACCCUAGCCAUCUAACCUCCACCACCGGAGCAGGGAGUGAGGCACUACCGCCGUCCAUCGCGCUGUCGUCGUGCUCCAGGUCUCCAACCCCUGUUCAUUCUCACAGUCUCGCCAAUUGCAGCUUCUUCGUUGAGAUCGACAUUCGCGUCUGGUUUUCGUCUUCUCAGCCGCACUUCUGCCGUCGUCAGUCGUCGUGUCCGUCGCCUGAUCGCCAUUGUCCGUCGCACUCAACAGAUCUUCCUCACACUCUGCCCAAACUGCUCACUCCUCCACGCCGCGCGCCUCCUCCACGUCACCGGAGCCCUUGGUCCUGAGAGUCUCGUAUUCGAUUGUCACGGCGGAGGGCCAUAUACCAACGUUGCCGAUGGCCGGAUUCUAAAGUGGGAAGGAGAUGAAGUUGGUUGGACUUAGUUUGCUGUCACCUGUUCCAAUAGUUGUUGCUGAAUGCUAAAAAUGGAAAUCAAAUCAAAUGCUGGUUGUUGCUGAAUGAGUAGCCUAGCUGCCUGCCAAUGCCAUAUAUAAAUAAACUGAUGAAUGAUGAUGAUGAUGGUAGUGGAAGGAGAGUCAAAGUGUAUAGGUAGUUGGUGAUAUGUUAUGCUUUCUUAUUCAAUGACUAUUUGUUAAUUGUUAUGUUGAUACCUCAACUUGGAAACAACACUAGAUCCUGUUUAUGGCUUGCUCAGCAAGAAGAAUAUGUUGCUAAGGGAGCUCUCUUACAACAGAUGAACGCAACGCUGCCUAAGAUUAAACCGAAAAGGUCAUCUUGCAAGAUUCAGUUAGACCGGUUGGACCAGUGAACCAGUGACUAGAACGGUUUGAUGACCGGUCCGGUUUUCAGAACCUUGCAAAAUAGUCGCGUUCUCUUCGCUGCGGCAAGAAGCACAAUUUCCAUUUGCCCGUGUUCCUUCAAAAGUGCUGUGAAAAAAAUGCGCCAUUCAUAUUUCUCCUACGUUAGAAAUCUAACCCGAUUCCGUUCACGUUCACGUUCUGCUGCAUACUCUUCCUUCUUUUCGGAAUUCGAUGGAGAUUCUACACUCGCAAGCCUCAAGCUUAAACAAUCCCCUGCUUCAGAUGAUUCUUCUAAUGUGGCGUUUAAGAAGAUUUCUUCUAUUUACUACGGUGAUAGUAUCUCGGUGAAGAAACCCAUGUCUAAGAGAAAUGAUAAUGCAAAAGAGUCCCAAAGUCAGCCAAGUAUAUCAUGGCUCUCAAACAUAUAUAACAAUAAUUUAUUGUUACAACGGAAAGGACAUUCUCGCAAAAAGAAACAGAGACACUUGUUUGAAUUUUCCCAAGAGAACCGUUUUAAUAAGUUGGUUAGAAUUUGUGCAAAGGUACUUGGACCGGAGGCUACCAUUGCAUUGUUUGGUAAAGUUGGACGAGAUCCAGGGAUCAAAGGGUACAACGCACUGAUAGAAAUGUGCAUAGAAAAGGCUAGGGAAAGUAGUGACGAAGACAUAGUGAUAGAAGAGUUGGGGAAGGUUUUCCAUCUUUUUAAAUUGAUGGGUGAACGAGGAUUUCGGCUAGAAGAGCAAUCAUAUCGUCCACUUCUUUUGUAUACUAUUGACAUGUGUAUGGUUGAAGAGUUUCAUUUUUUCUGUGAUGCUAUCAAAGACCAGAAUGCCAGUUUAAUUACCAGACUCGGUUACUACGAAAUGAUGUUGUGGUUAAGAGUUAAUAAUGAAGAAAAGAUUCAAGAAAUCUGUAAUCUCAUUGCAGAGAAUGAUGGUGAAGAAAUUUCUGAUUUACGAGAAAAUUAUUUAUUGGCUCUUUGUGAGAGUGAGCGGAAGAAGGAGAUAUUGGAGCUAUUGGAAAUCAUAAACAUAAAAAAGCUUUCAUCUGUAGAAUCUGUAGAAAAGAUAUUUCAGGCAUUAGGAAGGCAUCAAUUGGAACCUGUUGCAGAGAACUUCCUUUUGGACUUCAAAACAAGUGAUUAUGAAACAAAUAAUAUUACAAACUUCAUUGCAAGUUAUGCUGUUAGCAUCCCAAAUUUAUCGGUUGAGAAUGUCAUUACAAAAUUCAAGGAUUUGCACCAAACACUUGAAGUGUCACCUUCAUCCUCAUCAUAUGAGAAGCUAAUUUUACAUAGCUGUACGUUGCGCGAGGUGCGUGUAGCUCUUGAUAUUGUUGAUGAAAUGUGUGAAGGGGGCUUGACUUUAUCAAAUGAGAUGUUACAGUCCAUAUUACAAACUUGUGAGGAAACAUCUGAAUAUAAUUUGGUUCAUCGGAUCUUCUCUACAAUACGCCAGUACAAUCUGGAGACAAAUGAUAAGACAUUUAGAUGUAUGAUAGACUUGUUCUUGAAGAUGAAAGACCUUGAAGGUGCAUAUAGAAUGCUCGAUGAAAUGGGGGAACUGAAUUUGAAACCAUCAGCUAGCAUGUACAAUACCAUAAUGGCAGAAUGUUUUAGAGAGAAAAACACGAGUGAUGGGGUCAGGGUCCUUGAGCACAUGCAGAAUGCUGAUGUAAUGCCUGAUUCAGAGACUUUUAGCUACCUGAUUAGCAACUCUGAAACAGAAGAGGAUAUAGUCAUGGUAAGUUGGGAUUUAUAACAUCAUAAUAAACCCAUUUCAGUCAUUUUUUGAUCUUCAAUUCUGUGUGUGUUCAGAAGUUUCUAAUAUUUCUUAUGUUCUUUCUUCUAAUAAUAACUCAGACUAUAAGAUUGAUUGCUUCAACAUUUUUAUCUAAGAAAUUUACUAUCUUAGUAUUUCCAUUGCAGUAUCAUGAACCAACUCUUAAAUUUUUCGAUAGACACAUGAAUGCUCUUUAUAUGAAAUAUGUUUUCUAAUGCAUGCAUCUCUUUUGGGU